AUGAGGCUGGCUAGUAUCAGACUGGACCCAAGUCGGAAUGUAUACAGUCUCGGCAGCCUUCACGACGUGUCGGUCACGUGCACGGUGUCGGGUAAGGAGUAUCGACUCAAGGCGAGCUUGGGAGGUGUGGAGGUAGUGGCAAGGAAAGCUGGGAGGAAGUUUGAUAUCAUAAAACGUGAGGCGGAGUCGCCGGGUUCUGAUGAGGACCUGUUGGUGAUAAGCCUUGACCCGAAAGAAGCGGUCCUCACAGCGGCCAAGUUGGUGGUGUUGUACGACCGGGCUCUUUUCUCGGAGCUUAUUGCUAUUGGGAGUAGUGAUAAAGGAGGAGUUAGUACUGCUCCGACGGUUGUUGCGACUAAGUCGUCAUCGUCGUCGUGGUGGGAAGGGGUGAGGCAGUGGGAUAGGCUGAUCGCGAUGCAGCAACAGUUGGGGGCGGGGGCACCUGGGCUGAGGUCUCUGGUCAGGCCUGAUGAGACUAAGUUGAAAGUGAAG